AUGGCGAAUUCUACUUCAGUCAACCAAGCAACCCCGCUAUACAACUGUGAAAAAUGUUUUAAGACAUUUACAGCGAAUCACAAUCUUAAUAUUCAUACUCGGACAGUGCACAAGGAGUUAGAGAGAUGCCCGCUCUGCAACAGUGUGGUCAAAAAUCUGGUACAACAUAAUACUAGAUGUCACGCAGAUAUCAGCAAGGGAAGAAGACAGUGUCAAUACUGCUCUAAAUGGCUCAUACGUAUUUGCGUGCAUAAAUGCUCUCGGCAAAGCCAACAGAGCUCAUAUGUAUCUACAGCUCGAGUGCCGCUCUGCAUUGCGGAAGAUCUUGAGCCGUUGCAAGUUUCUUCAUCAACAACUUCCCAAAACUACCUUCCGAGCACUCCCAUCAUAUCUCCACAGCAUUCAACGAGCAGAUCAGUCUCUUUGCUGUCUUUGAACAACACUGAUUCGACACAUCAGAUCUCAUCUUUCGAACUGCCUCGCAAUGACGACGAGUCGCCAUCUAAUUGGGAACGCCUAGACUUUUUGAUGGAUAUGAUGGUACCGUUGGACCCAACAAAAGGCUCGCCUGGGCUGGUAGCGACUUAUCCCGAUGGUAUUCAUGACACCAUAUCGAUAUCUCCGAGUUUGAUACCACACAGCUGGGGGUUUCCGUCAACCUCUUCGUCUCAAGGAACGUUUAAUAUAGAUUUAACAGAGUACGAUAUUCCGGUGCCUAGUACUGAGUCUUGCGAUGCAGAUCAUCCAUCUGCCGAAGACCCAACAAUUACUGGGUACGGGUUUGAUUGGAUGACGUGGGAGGAGUACACGAGUUGCAAUUUUAAUACACUAGAGCAGUGGUUAUGA